UUACAGUGCGUGGUGAAUUAUGGCGGAUGAGAGUGUUGACGCAGUGGCACUCAAUCUUGAGGAUCCCGUAUUGGGACAGAGCUUAACGCUAACCUUUCGCAACAUUUGCUAUCGACGCAAGGAUCAAAAUGGUGGACGACCGAAGGACAUCAUCAAGAAUGUGUCGGGAAGGUUUCAACCUGGCCGGUUGGUGGCAAUACUGGGCCCAUCCGGUGCCGGGAAGUCAUCGCUGCUCGGUAUUCUCUCCGGAUUGAGACAAACGGGAUUUAUUGGAACGAUCGAAGUGAAUGGAUACAUGCUGGAUCGAAAAAAGUAUCGUCAACAGUGUGUCUACAUUCAGCAGGACUUUAACCUCAUCGAACAUUUAACCGUGCUGGAAACGAUGAACUAUGCCGCCGAACUGAAGAUGUCCAACAGAUCCGAAAUGGUGCGCAAAAAGAAGGUGAACGAAAUCUUGCACAUUUUGGGGCUUGAUAAUGGUAUGCAGACAUUGGUGAAGAAGCUAUCGGGUGGUGAAAAGAAGCGACUUUCGAUCGGGAUUGAGAUGGUAAGCAAUCCACCGAUAAUUCUGCUCGAUGAACCAACCAGCGGACUGGACAGUGUUUCGGCGAUGGAGCUUGUGAGCUACGUCAAAACAGUCGCCAGCGAGGGCCGUACCGUUGCGUGUGUCAUUCAUCAACCUUCGUCCAGCUUGUUCCAGCUGUUUGACGACCUGUAUCUCCUAUCGGCGGGGAUGUGUAUUUACAACGGGCCACUAGACGGAAUGGUUGGAACGUUUGCCGACAGCGGGUACCAUUGUCCCAAGUUCUACAACCGGGCCGACUUUGCGUUGGAGGUGGCGUCCAAGCCGCUGCGAGAGUUGGAACAGCUGGUGCAGCGCUACAACCGACUCGCAAUCGACCGGAAGCAAUCGCGUCAGGAAAACAGUAUCAAGGACGAUGGCCUUGUCAACUCGACUGGGGGCGAGGAAGAUAUCGUGCCGGUGCCCGCCAAGACCAGAUCACACGGUCGUUAUCAAAUUUCGCAAUGGAAACAGUUUUAUGUGCUGUUGCGAAGGUCACUACGAGUGACGUCGAGAGAUUUUUUUUUUGCUCAACUUCGUGUUAUUGCCCACAUACUGGUCGGAGUGCUGCUUGGUUCGGUAUUCUAUCAAUCCGGCGAGGAUGGCGCAUUGGUGAUGGUGAAUGGUGCCUGUUUGUUUUUCUUCCAGCUAUUUAUCUUCUUCGGCAAUGCUAUGCCGUGUGUUAUAACUUUUCCUCUCGAAACCAAAGUGUUCAUACGGGAAAGGCUCAACAACUGGUACUCACUCGAGGCGUACUAUCUGUCAAAAAUAGUUGCUGAUCUACCACUGCAGAUCCUCUGUCCGUCGCUGUUUCUCGCGAUCGCUUACUAUCUCACCGGACAACCAUUGGAAUGGGAAAGGUUCGAGAAGCUUUGUCUCGUGCUACUACUGCUAGGAAUAUUCGCCCAAACGGUGGGCCUACUGUCCGGAGCAGCUUUUGACAUGCAGAUGGCUACCUUCUUUGUGCCGUGCUUCAGUAUUCCAUCGUUACUGUUUUCGGGCUUUUUCGUGAAACCGUACGAAAUGAACGAGUAUCUGAGCUACAUCUCGUACACAUCCUUCUUUCGCUACAGUUUGCAAGGUUCGUUGCAGGCGAUCUACGGGAAUAGGACAGCCUUUCCCUGCUCGAAAGACAUCUGCUACUAUAAUAAACCAGGCAAAUUUCUCAAGUUUAUGGACACACGGGAGGAUGGCUAUUGGGAGAAUGUGUACGUACUGUUGGGAUUUAUUGCGGCGUUUCAAGUCAUUCUGUACAUUGUGUUGCGUUUUCGAUUAAAAAUAUACCAAUAGUGAAUGGAUUGGUG